AUGUUAACUCUCACCACUUUUGUCAGACUUGCAACCCUGGUUGCAGUAGCCGCUGCUGCUCCCAGCAACUUCACAAGAACCGAGACGGCCAAGCGUUCGACGUGCACUGUGAACAGCGUAUCAAGUGCUUCGAACUUGAAGAGCUGCAGCAACGUCGUCAUCGAGGGCUUCACUGUGCCCUCGGGAUCGACGCUCAACAUAGAGGCCGCCAGUGGCGCCACUGUUACCAUGACCGGUGAUAUCGUCUUUGCGAAAACCUCCUGUGAGUCUUGCUCCGAAAUAUCCUACCGGAUGGGUGAUGAUGCCUGCCAGCCGCUGGUCCUCUCAUCACAUUCAACACCAACAAUAUCAAUUUCAACGGCGGAGACCAUAAUAUUAAUGCAAGGUAACGGCGCGGCCUACUGGGACGGCAAAGGCACUAAUGGGGGUUCAACUAAGCCCCAUCCCUUCGUCAAAUUCAAGGGCUCCGGCACCUUUUCGUUCGUCACCGUUCUCAACUCGCCUGCUCAGGCCAUCUCCGUUGGUACGACCGGAGCGUCUAUCAUCGAACGAGUCACUGUGGACAACUGUGCGCAUACUCCAGACCAAGCUGUGUGUGUCGAGACUGACGGGAGAUAUGCAGCGGCUGGAGCCUCACUCGGACAUAACACUGACGGAUUCGAUGUCAGCGCGUCUGACUUGACCAUCUCCCAGUGCACGGUCAUCAACCAGGACGACUGCGUCGCCGUCAACAAGGGAGACAACAUCUUGGUCGAAGACACCACCUGCACGGGCAGUCAUGGAAUCUCCAUCGGAUCGAUCGCGUCCGGGCACUCAGUUACGAACUUCAAGGCGGCGCGCAACAAGAUCACCGGUGGGCUGUACGGUCUGCGCAUCAAAGUCGACAAGAGUGCGAAGAAUGCCAAAGUGUCAGGUGUCACAUAUGAAGCUAACACCAUUUCGGGCAUCUCUGACUACGGUGUCCUGAUCACUCAGAGCUACCCAGCCAAUGACGGCAGUCCAGGCAGCGGGGGUCCGAUCUCUGAUGUCGCGUUCAUUGGUGGGACAACCACUGUCGCAGUAGACAGCAGUGCCAUGUCCGUCGUCGUCGACUGUGGCGCUUGCUCCGGAAACUGGGACUUUUCCGGCCUCGAUGUCACGUCUGGCGGGAAGGGACACAGCAUUUCUGCAAACAACGCCCACGUCACCUUGGUCAGGCCGCCUACCCUACCCAAAUGGUAG